CUCUCGAUGUUUUUGUUUCUAUUUCCUCGCCGUCGCUUUCAGUCGUUUCGUUGAAUAGCGCGAUCGGCUGCGGGAGUCUGCGUUAUUGCGGGGUUAGGGUUUGUUUCCUCGUUGGGAUCAGGCAAAGCAAGUGGCGGCUUCGAGGACUUCUCUUCGAUCUGAUUGGCUCGUUGACGACUCCAAGGAGGAGUCGGCGCAAUUCGAUUGGAGUAGGCAGUCGACAGCGCCGUUUUCGGCAGUCCAUGUGAUUCAGAAAUGGCUUAAUUUGGGAGGACAUGCAUGCAGUUUGUUUGCAAGCUUAGACGAAUAAUGGAAUCGCAUCCUGGUGUUCCAAGUACACCUGGUUCGAGCAUGGAACAGGAGCUGUGGGCCGCAGCCAGUCUUCGACCAGAUGAGAACCAGAAUUAUCUCCAGGGUGCUCCAUCAAUGAUGGGCGAGUAUCUCGCACCCCAGACUCAGCUGGAGUUUGGUCAUUCAAGUGUCUAUGCUAUGUAUCCAUCAACAGAUCCUUAUUUUACUGGCCUAUUAGCUCCUUAUGGCACUCAAGCAAUGCUUCAUCCUCAGAUCAUCGGAAUGCCUCACUCUCGCUUGCCUUUACCUCUGAACAUGGCAAGGGAACCAAUUUAUGUUAAUGCUAAGCAGUAUCACGGUAUUCUAAGGCGAAGACAGUCCCGGGCGAAGGCUGAACUUGAGAAAAAAGCCAUAAGAGCUCGAAAGCCGUAUCUGCAUGAGUCCCGUCAUCAACAUGCAGUGAGGAGAGCUAGGGGCUGCGGAGGUCGUUUCCUAAAUUCCAAGAAUGCUGAUCAAAGCGACGACGCACAGGAAGCUCUCAAUUCUCGAGCAUCGCAUGAUCGCCCAGCAGGUGAAAGAGGGAAGGAGGACAAAUGACGAUGUCAGUAGAGCAGAGGGAUUGACAGAGUGAAGGUCCAGGUGUAAAUGAAGCUGCUGCUAUCUUCAGAGUUUGUAGAUCGAUGGUUGCCUACUUGAUUAGGCGAGUGGAUUAGGGUUUGUCCUCUUGCCACUUUUGUUAAUGUACAUGCCAACUCUUAAAAUUAAUUAUCAGUUUCAGUUUUAUUUAAUUUUAAUAAAAAAAUA